CCAGUUCAAUGACAGCUGGUGUAAAUACAUACACGAUAUACACACAAGUUUCGUACUUGUCAGCGAAAACAUUUAUAGCGAGUAAAAGUAACCGAAGGAUAAAAGUUUAAUUAUGGAGAGCCUGUCCAGUUUGGUAAAAGUUUCCGUGCCGAAUUAUUUGGCAGGACUACCGAUUCCCAAUACAUUCGGAGGAUGGUUCAAGCUAGGAUUUCGUGAUUGGCUUUGUCUAGUGCCACCAACAGCCGCAAUGGCUGGCUUGGGAUAUAUGUCGUACUUGGCAUUCUGUCCGGAAGGUCGUCCUAGACCGAACGGUCGUUGUAACCUGGCACACCGGUUGAAUGAAGCGAAAGUAGUUGAUUCCGUUGAUAUUGAAGACAUUGCUGAUAAGGCCGCAUUUUGCCGUUGUUGGAAAUCAAAGAACUGGCCUUAUUGUGAUGGCGCACAUGGUGCACAUAACAAACAAACUGGAGAUAAUGUUGGUCCAGUAGUUGUCAAGCGUAAGGCACAGUAAGGAUACAACGGCCACCACCACAAACCAGCGCUUAAAAAUACUUAAAAACGUGAUUUAGAGAAUUUAUUUACGUUAUGAACAAUUGUUUCACUUUUCACUCGGUAAAUUGUAGUUUAGACAUUUAUUGAAAUUAAUUUUCUUUGCGUUUCGAGUGCAUUUACCCAUGCAAAAAAAGUGUUAACUGAACGAAUUUUCAAUAGAUUUUUCCAGAUGUAUUGAUAUUACUACGCAAAAAUAAAGACGAUGAAAAGUGUGAAGGGAAAA